AGUAGAAUUUUGAGUAUGUCCUUGUUUAAUAUUAUGUUUCUAUCUGUGUACAGAAAGCAUAGAAACAAUGUGGGACCAAGCAAAUCUAUUUCUCAGCCACGAAGAAACAUUGUAGGCUGCAGAAUACAGCAUGGCUGGAAGGAAGGAAGCGGACCCAUAACACAAUGGAAGGGCACAGUUCUUGAUCAAGUUCCUGUAAAUCCUUCUCUCUAUCUUAUAAAGUAUGAUGGAUUCGAUUGUGUGUAUGGACUAGAACUUCACAAAGAUGAAAGGGUUUCAGCACUUGAAGUCCUUCCAGACAGAGUUGCUUCAUCUCGAAUUAGUGAUGCCCACCUGGCAGACACAAUGAUAGGCAAAGCUGUGGAACAUAUGUUUGAGACAGAGAAUGGCUCAAAAGAUGAAUGGAGGGGGAUGAUCUUGGCUCGAGCUCCUAUUAUGAACACAUGGUUUUAUAUUACCUAUGAGAAAGAUCCUGUCUUGUACAUGUACCAACUCUUAGAUGAUUAUAAAGAAGGUGACCUUCGCAUUAUGCCUGAUUCCACAGAUGAUUCGCCUCCAGCAGAACGGGAACCAGGUGAAGUUGUGGACAGCCUGGUAGGCAAACAAGUGGAGUAUGCCAAAGAUGAUGGAUCAAAAAGGACUGGCAUGGUAAUUCAUCAAGUUGAAGCCAAACCAUCUGUCUAUUUCAUCAAAUUUGAUGAUGAUUUCCUUAUUUAUGUCUAUGAUUUGGUGAAGACAUCCUAGAUAUCGUCAUGAAAUUUUGCCAAAUUUGUGGAACUAUUAAAUGUAAAAUUUGUAGACACAAAGACUUGACUGCUUUUCAGUUAAACAAAAGCUUAAAUGUCCCUGUGAACUCACAGUCUCUGCUAGCAAACCUGUUUUGUUCUGAAUGUUACAAACAUUUAUGUGAAUGUGACAAAUUUUGCAUAAGAGAAUUCAAUUUCUUGAUGAAAGUCAAUAUAUUUGGGUAGGAGGGAGUUAAAAGCAUAGAACAGCUGCAAAAUCAAGCUGUGUAAAGUCAAUCUAAUAUUGUAAUCUAAUUGUUUUCAUAGAUUUUUAACAUUUUCUUCAAUGUUACACUCACCUCUUCCACUGCCACAUGCAAAUGUAGUUUGCUAUUUUUAUGUAUUCUUUUGUAACAUUACAAUUAAUUUCUUUGCUGCUGGCAGUCUUUGUUUUCCAGGUUGAGUCAGAGGUGACUUUUCUCAAAGAUUUGAAUGGUUUAUGAAGCAGUAAGGAGUGCCUAACCUAAGUAACAUAAAUUUACUGUGUUUCUAGGCUUUUUUUUUUUACAUUAAGCUUUUUAAGAUCUUUCAGUACAUGGAAACAAUUGUGCAUUUUUAGUAGUCACGGGGCAAUAAGAUAUCAAGUGUUUGACUUAUACACCUUUCAGUGAAAAGGCAUUAAAGUGUAAAAAUAUGUUUAAUCUGUAUAACCGAUUCAUUAGAAAAUGCAGAUUAAUGGCCCAUUUUUACAAGUUGUAGAAACCAGUAAAAUAGACACAAAAAAGCUACCUUCAAUCCUAAAUGUUGUACUUUCUUUUGUUAUACACAUUUCUUAGCAAAACCCAAGUACUUGGUGCCACAAGUUCAACAGUAUAUAUACUACUUAAGAAGACUUCAGUCUAUGCAUUGUCAAUCAGUAGUCUCUCAUUUAAUGUUAGAACCUACCAAACUGUAUAUCUGUCUGUAGACUUAAAAGCCUAACAGUAGUUAAUGUUUUACAUGGUAAAUACAAUCUCAAGGGUGGAGAUGGAGUCCUCUUACUUUGAAGACCUCCUUUAGAGAAGAAGUAUUUAUUGCCUUCUACUCAGUCUGCAGAUGAUUCUGUUUGAAUCUCACACCCAGAGGAGUGGGAUUUGAACCCAUGCCUCCAUGGGAGACUGUGACCUGCAGCCUUCUUGCUUUUGUUCUCAACCAUCUUGGUUCAAGAAUAUAUGUUCCCAAUAUAUUGCUUUUCUGACUUUUCUGUGUAAGGAGUGUCCAAACAAAUCUACAGCUUAAACCUGUUGUUGCGUUUGUGGUGUACUUGCUUAGAGGUAUGUUGU